AUGACUUUGUUAGAAAAUAUCAAAGAGCUAUCCAAACGCUUUACUAAAAAGUUCAAUAAAGAUCCUUCAUAUGAAAAUCUCAAUGAAAAUAGUAAAAAAAUCGUUCGUCAAUGGAUUAACUUUACAAAAUCACGACCUAAUAACUUGAAUGACCCGUUGAUUAUUAUUGAAUGGAACCAGGCGGGUUGUGAUGCGAGAACAAAUAUCAAUCCACAAUUUACAAAAGAAUACUUUGCAGCACUAAUUCGUGCUCAACCUGGAUAUGUCCAAUUUCCACCAACUGAACCUCCAUCCGAUAUUUCUUUUACAUUCGUGGAUACUCCAGCAGCAGGUUCUGGAAUUCAAGCGGUUUCAUUCGUAGUCUAUCAAAUUCUGAAUGAUCCGUUGUAUCCACUCGCUAAACCAAUUGUCGGAUUGCCGGAU